UCUCUCUUUUGAUAUUCCGAAAACCUCUGCAUGUUUACAACAUCCUCUUCUUCUCUCUCUUCUUCUUCAUCAUCAUCAACCUUUAUCUCACAUAUCAAGAAUAUCCAUUUUCAUCUUCCAUUUUUGCAUCUUUUGCAACCCCUUUAUUCCAAAUAUAGCAUAUAUUCAAAGCCUCAAAAGCCAGGUUCCAUUUCAAGAACCACACACAAAAAAAAGAUAUAGGUAUUUUGUUGCAGAUUCUUUAUUUGUAAAUUCUUGGAGUGUUUGUAUUGCAAUUUAUGGAAGGAGAGCCUUGGAGUAACGGGUAAAGUUGUUGCCAUGUGACGUGGAAACAGCCUCGGGCAGAAAAUGCAAGUUGAUUCUCAUGUGGUGUUUGAGGUGUUGGAAACAUAGAGGCUAAUUCCACAAUAUCCUUUUGGAUUGAGUUUGUACAUAGACUAAUUUAUUUUGAGGUCACGAGCUAGCUCGUAGCAGAAGUUUCGAGGAACUCUUGUACUGUUGGUUAUGAAUCUGGUAAAAUGUUUGAGAAGUAAAGGUGAAAGUAUAAAGAGAGGAUAUUAUACAGCCAAGUUUAGACCAUGACUAGUGAGCCGUGUGGAAUUUCAGGCCAAAACGUUGGCAAUGUUGUUCCGCGUGAUGAAAAUCAUGAUGACCGGCAUAGACAUAAUGUAUCUAUGCAGACAGGCGAAGAGUUUUCAGAAGAGUUUCUUAGGAAAAGUUUGACACCAAGAAAAGCGAACAUAAAAAGAGAUACCGAACAAAAUCAGCCAGUUAGAGUUGUUUCGAAUCUGUCUCAAAAUUGCCAUGUUGUCUCUAAGGAGCUUCACGACAUUCUUGGGAUAAAGAGAAGUGAGUCUGGCUGCGAUGCUGAGUUUUUGGAUUAUUCUCCUAGGAUAGCGUAUGCACCGGAAGGAGAAAAAAGGGCUUAUGUCGAUACAACGGGCAGAUGUAACAGGGAAUAUAAUAUCAGCGGACAGCAACCAUCAAGAUUCUCAGAUGUGAGGAAUAGAGAUAUAGUAGCUCCUUGCACAAAUGGUCAAGACGUUCAAGCAUCACAGUCUCCUCAUUCACAUCAGAUCCAUAACCCCGAGGCAGGAUCUUCUGAGAGCGGUGGCAAUGGAAAGAUGAGAUUACUCUGCAGCUAUGGGGGUAGAAUCUUACCAAGGCCGAAUGAUGGGAAGCUUAGAUAUGUGGCUGGCGAGACGAGAAUUAUAUCAAUUAGGAAGGACAUAACUUUCAACGAGCUUGUAAGAAAGGCAACAGCAAUUUGCAAUCAACCUCAUACAAUUAAGUAUCAGCUUCCUGAAGAAGAUCUUGAUGCACUCGUAUCCGUUUCAUCCGAUGAGGAUCUUCAGCACAUGAUUGAAGAACAUCAUGACUUGGGAAAAAGUUCUCAAAGGAUACGGUUGUUUCUUGUGCCUUCUGCUGAUUCUGAAGGCUCUUGUUCCUUCGAGGGAAUGACAUUACAGCAAAGUGAAGCUGACUAUCAGUACGUUGUUGCAGUAAAUGGAAUGCUUGAGCCAGGUCAUCGUAGAAGCUCUAGCAGGGAAACCUUUGCAAACCAAGCAAUUCAACUUGGAAACGCGUUGGACUUUAGUCCUAUUAGCCAAAGAGAUUCCCCAACUUAUCUCCCGUUGGAGAACCGUAAUGGAGGUAAUUCACCGAAUGUGAAGUUUCUGCUCCGAACUCCCAGUUUUUCUUAUGUCAACGUACCUCAGGCCCCCUCUAAUUCGUAUGUUCAAUCGACUCCUUUAUCUCCAGCGACAUUUCAGAUCAAAGAUCCUAACCAUUCCCAUGUCCUUUUAUAUGAUAAUGUUGCAAGUGCUGACUUUCCUGAUGCCGCUAGUCCAUAUGCAGUAGAGAAAUCACUAUAUGAUAAUUCCUAUCAUGUCGACACCACAGGCUACUAUUAUAAUUGUCCCCCUGAGACCACUCCAAGGGCAAAUUACCCCGGUAAACAGUCUGUGUCUUCUGCACAGUCUGGUCAAACAGAGUUGGAUUCUAAGAGGCUAAGCCAUCCUCAGGAUAUAAGAAUGUCUCCUGGAUCUGAUAUUCAAGCUACAUCUGGUUUCAUCAUGCAUCAAGAUGCUACUGAAUCACGAUUGGGCGAGAGGCCCAAUUUAUCCAGAGAAGAAUCAACAAGCUCCCCCCCUUCAGAUUUUCUACUGGAAAAAUCUCCAUCACUUGCAAUGUCGUCUUCAUCACAUGAAUGGUCAGCGAAAGAGCACGAGGUGAGAGAUGAAAAUCAGCUAAUUGCCAAGAAGGAGAAUCAGCCAAAUCUAGAAGCCAGAGAACACAACCAAGAGUAUGGUGCAUAUCCUCUUUUCAACGAGUGCAGUAGAGGAUCUGAUGUUAAUGCAAACAAUAUACCAAUUGUUAAUAUCACGGAACAUCAGUUGAAAUUACCAAUGAUUCUAUGCUACUCGGAGCCGGAACUUAGUAUCUACACAUCAUCAUCGGAUCCCAAAUUACAAGUGGAAAGACACACUUCUUCGCCACCUAUCCCUCAAAAGAGUUCAAUAGCCAUUUCAAAACGGCUCCACGUGGAUGACGAUAUAAUUCAAAUAACAGCACCUUAUAGUCAAGCCCAUGGAGGCACAAAAGCUGUUGUACCAUCUAUUUCUCAUGAAUAUUCAACAAAUAUUACUGGAGGGAGUUAUGUUAAUUACAACUUAAGUCCUUCAACCCCUGGAUGUCUCGUCAAGGACCAGAACGGAUCCAAACAUGACCAUCAUGUUGUGGCUACAACCACGAGCAACGUAACGGACUCCUGCAGCUAUUAUGAGCUGCAGCCUUCCAUAAUAAAGGAUAGUAAUGACCUCCAAAACAUACAAACUGUUCCAUUUUCAUCAGAGGAGUCUAGUUUUUAUUUACAUUGGAGAAAUCCCCCUACCGAUGAUCUAUCAAUUCCAAAUUCAGCUACAGAUGUGGCUUACACUCAUGAGAUCUCUCUCCAUCAGAAACUUGCAGAUGAUCCGCGUAAGUUUGUGGAAAAGGGAAAUGCUGAUAGAACUGCUUUUGAAAAGGUAGCAUCCGGGAAUGCUUCAUUUCUCCAUUUGCAGCAGUCAGAUAAUUCUUAUGACAUCAAAUUACAUGAGAUUGCUGUUAUUGUGGAAGAUGUAACUGAUAGUGUACCUCCUGAAAUACCCUUAUCUUCUCCAGUAGUUCCACAUGUGCAAGAAGAACCUAGUGAUGUUCUUCCAUCUACUGAAGAAGAAAACGACGUCGAGAAUGUUAUUGAAGAAUCUUAUUAUGAGGAUCGCAAAAACGGUUCUAAUGGAAAGGAAGAAUCUGUCUCCGAUUCUGCAAUUAUCGAAAAGGAGGCAGGGAUCUAUGGCUUGCAGAUCAUAAAAAACAGUGAUCUUGAAGAGCUACAAGAAUUGGGAUCUGGAACAUAUGGAACAGUAUAUUAUGGAAAGUGGAGGGGAACAGAUAUUGCUAUCAAGAGAAUAAAACAAAGUUGUUUUGCUGGGAGUUCAUCUGAGCAAGAACGACUGAUCAAAGAAUUCUGGAGAGAGGCUAAGAUUCUCUCUAAACUACACCAUCCGAAUAUAGUGGCACUCUAUGGGGUGGUUCCAGAUGUACCUGGUGGAACGGUGGCUACAGUUACUGAAUAUAUGGUCAAUGGGUCACUAAGGCAUGUCCUGGCAAGGAAAGAUCGUUCUUGCAGAGCGCUUGAUCGGCGAAAAAAACUUAUGCUUGCAUUAGAUGCUGCUUUUGGCAUGGAGUACCUGCAUUUGAAAAAUAUUGUUCAUUUCGAUUUGAAAUGUGAAAACUUGCUAGUCAACUUGGGAGAUCCACAGCGUCCUGUGUGCAAGGUUGGUGAUUUUGGAUUAUCACGGAUUAAGAGAAAUACCCUUGUUUCCGGUGGUGUUAGAGGAACACUUCCAUGGAUGGCACCGGAGCUAUUGAAUGGAAACAGCAGUCGGGUUUCAGAAAAGGUUGAUGUGUUUUCGUUUGGCAUCACAAUGUGGGAGAUCUUGACAGGAGAGGAGCCUUAUGCAAACCUGCACUGUGGUGCUAUUAUUGGUGGAAUUGUAAAUAACACACUCAGACCUCCCGUCCCACAACGUUGUGAUCCUGACUGGGGAAAACUCAUGGAAGAGUGCUGGUCACCUGAUCCAGAAGCAAGACCAUCAUUUACGGAGAUAACAAACAGACUGCGCGCCAUGUCGCAAGCGCUCCAGCCAAAGACUCGAGUAAGGACAUGAAAUUGUACAGCUGAGCUCAUGCAAGUGUAAAGAAUAGUUUUAUAGGAACAAAAAGAAUAGUCAUUGUCCUUUCUGUUAAAACAUUCAGCUUCCUAUGUGUGUAAAUGAUGAAGAGCACAUCAUUUUGAA